UAGUAAUCUGAAGCAUUGGCCAAGAUCAGGAUAAUGUUUGGAAAUGUCAACGAACAUGUGGACUAGAUUUCUCUCAUAGCAUUAGUAAAAAGUGUGUCGUUAAUCUGUUUUAUAACAUCGGGAGAAAUUCGUUUAAACAUCUAAUAGUCUAGAUAUUACACAAGUUCUAACAAAACGAGGAUUGCCCGUGUUCAACAUGUCAGUCCUAAAGACGAGGGUUGUUUUAGAGUCGAACUGUUUCCUGUUCUUAGUAAGUGAGUAGAGUGCGGUCAAGUUGACGCCCACUGACUAGACACUAUGUCAGGCAUUCGUUAGUCACUGACACUAGUGGGAGAUGUGUCAUGUGUAUUAUUAAUAUGCCACGAUUGUUUCGAGUUUCGAUGGAUGACAAAAAUUAUGGUCGGAAAAGUUUCUGAUUUCUUUUCUACACGAUGAGCUUCGACGAAACCAAGUUUGAACAUCAAGUUCAGGCUGUCCGGGCCAAAGCUUACAAUUUGAUUCAAUGGUUGAGCAAUAGGUGUGAAGCUCUGAGACACUUGGCCUGUUCGGACGAUACUUCAUGUACGGGAAACGAAUUAAAGACACUGUUUGGUGAAGCCAAAAGGCAACAGCCUGUUGUAAAUUUGACCAUUGUAAGAGGACAAAGGUUGCUUUCGUAUAAGAAAAGUGCAAGUUUGCAAGCAGAUCUUCAAAAUCUUGCUUAUGUUUGGAGUUCUUUUGUGGAUAAUUUACACAGUCUCAAUUGUUGUCUCUGUAGUGCAGGAAAUCAUUAUUCACUUACCUGUAAUGUGAAAAACACCAGCAAAGUUCAAUGCAGUGAACUAAACAGCUUACAGCUAAGCUUGCAGUUUCCUCAUUUGAAUUUCAUUUUCGACAAUCAGAUUUACAACAGAGAAGGUUUUUCUUUUGGAUUAAAGAAAAAUAUUUCACCUGAAGAGCAGGAUACAUGCUCUGUAAAAAAGCAAUCUAAUAGUUCCUGUAAAGAUAGCGACAAUAGGCCACAAUUUAAAAGCUUCUUAAAUCAUCAUUCUAAAUUUCUUGAUGACACCCUAGAGCAUAAAGAAAAGUCAGAUCAUUUUCUCCAUUGUGAAAAGAAUAAUCUUGAGUUCACAAAAUUUUUCUCACUUUCGGCAGAGUUUGCUCAUUUGAGUAAGCUCUUUAGCAACCUAGACAAUGGAACCUACACAGCUUCAUCUCAUGAUCCUCAACUUGAGGAUGAAAAGUCAGACCUGUCUGAAAUAGAUCUCAAUUCUUGCAAGUCUGGUGUGUCUCCAAGUGCAGCUUUGAAAAUGAGUUUCUGUGGGUCCCAGAAUUCCUUGACAGAAGAUGAUCAGUUGGUGCCAGGCUCCAUUGUUAGGAAGCUACCCUAUGAUGCUUUGUCCUCUCCAUCUCAUUUAGCAAGAAACACAUCUGGGUCAAGUGAAGCAUACAAGAGUCUUGCUCAUUUCGAAAAUCCUGCCCUAAAAAUGUCGGAUUCUGGAUUGUGCGAAAUUUCAGAGGCAAAGCGUCGUAUGCUGCUAGAUGCAGCCAAUGCCAGUAAUAUAAGCAGCAGGUCAGAGUCACCUCUGAGUUUCAGUAGCAGCAGAUCUCAAACACCCACUGGAACUUUGACCAGAGCAGAUCGCACCAAUGAGUUGUGGAAGGCUAUUGGGUCCAUUGAUUCCUUCCUUAUGGAUAAAGACAUCUUGGAAGCCUGCCAGUCCACUGCAGACGACCUGACCUGUGAUAUGGAUGAUUUUGUUGGAAAUCCAAAUGUUUCAUUUGCUGAAUUUUUACAACAGUAUCAAGAGCUGAAUGAUUGGUUAAAUCAACUACAUAAGGUCACACAGAGAGAAGUCACUAGUUUCUCUGAGAAAUAUCUCAAUCAGAGCUACCAUGAAGAAAUCUUGGAGCGUUCUCCUCGUAGGGAAUUUCUCAACAAUUAUUCCCGUCAGCUAUUGCUCCGAUAUCCAAACAUGGCAGAACAGAUCACUUCCAGGAUGUCCAGAUUGAAUACUCAGUGGUCUAAACUUGAACAAGCCAUUGCUCCAAAGCAUGGCCAGCAUGAUGCUGAGACCAUGCUUCAAGACCUUGAAUGUGAUUUGGACUCAUUAAGAAGAUGGCUUAAUGCCACUGAAUCUAGGUUGUUAUCUCUGACCAUCAAGGCAGACUGGACAAAUGAAGAACUGGAGGAAAGGCUAUUACAACAUCAGGCUCUGCAGAAGGAGAUCGAGUCCCGCAACAAAAUCGUCAACGCCGUUUUGAAGCUGAGCGAGAGGUUGGAGCAUCACUCCCAGAGCAAGGAGUCCCUGAAACAGAUCGCCCUUGGUCUAGAGAGACGAUGGCAUGGAAUCUGGUUGCAGUCUUUGGAGUGGCAGUACAGACUUGAAGAGGCACUCUCCAAAGGAAAGGGUUUUGAUCUCAAAAGAUUAGAUUUGAGUGGAAUCUCUCUGCCCAUUCUAGAUGAGUCCUUGUUUAGUCAGAUAAGUCCUAACAUCAGUGACAGUGGUUUAAUUGAGUUAGAUGAUGACAGCCUGCUCUUCAUUGGAGGUAGGGAAGACUACGCAGACAGCUCAACAGGCAUCCCGUACAAAAGUUUUGAUUUGACCCCUCACAGCCAGUCUCUUGAGUCCAUCAGCUUUAACUUAAAUGAAAGUAUUGAGAAUUUCUCACAAAGUUUGCUUCUUGAAGAAGAUCUUUUGCAGAGUGAAGAGUCCAGCAGCAAGGCCUCCACUGAACCAAGUAGUCCUUCCAGACCAUUAGGAUUUCUGAAGCCUGACAGCCCACUGGGCAAAAGACCUUUUCCUGGUCCCAGAAGUGGAGAGUCUAGUCCAGCCAAGAAAGGCUCUCAGUCACCUUCCUCUUCCAGUGGUGGUCUAAGCCCUAUUGCACAAGAAAGCCCACUUGAGUCAUUUAUAGUGUCCAGGGGUUACCAGCUGCACUCUAAAGAUAGUCUUCUUAUCAACUCAAGGGAUGAGUUUACCAACCUGAAACUACGCAAGAACCUUUUUGAUCGCAGCAGUGGAGACAGUGCCAACAUUAGCGAAACUGAGUCCAAGAUGGGGGAUUCUCCCCCUGUACAUAGCUUAGGCCAUAAGGGAUAUGUGGUGACCAGCAGUGACGGUGAAGUAGACACUCCAGCUUUCAGAAGAUUAAUAAGCACAGAAGUAAAGGACAUUGGUUACAGCAGUGAGAGCCAGUCAAAUGAUGAGGUGGAAGUGAUGGGCCAUCAGAUUGACAUGGAGUACAAGUUCCCUGGCAAGUGUGAGCUAGCCACUGACGGUCCACUUGGGGAGAAGAUUAGUAUCCCUUCCACAGCUGUUAAUACUGACUACUACUUCAUGACCCAUGUGGAUGUUGACUCUACAGACAAAACUGACAAUGGGGAUACUACUGAUUCUGGUGCAGAGAAAGUUGUGAGUAAAAAUCUGUUAAAAAAGAGCAUGCUUCAGAAUGGGUAUCUCAGUGAUAACAAGCCUGAGACUGCUGUUAGAGAAGUUAUGUCCCAAUCUGACAGUUUUGAAGCUUCUGUAAAUGAAGUGCUCUUGGAGCUGGAAGGUAGUAAUGAGUCUAACCAUUUGGAGGAAGCAUGGGAUACUGUGGAUGCACCUAUGACCCUUAAUGGUAUCUAUGAAGAGAAGGAUAGAUUCUGUGUGUAUUUCCCAUGUGAGGAGGACAAGACAAUGCUGCCUAUGCAUCACUAUAUUGAGUACUCUGAAUCAGACAGUGCACCAGAGUACACGGAGAAGAAAUCCAUCAAGUAUCUAAUAGAUCAUGCUGAGGACCUGGUCAAACAGUCCAGUCCUCAACAUUUGUCUAAAAGCUUGUCCCCCAAAAAGCAGCAGCUACCAGCUGUGGCACACCCAUCACCAUCAAAGCAAACUCAGACUGAUUGUUGUAGCACAGUAGAAAGUUCCUGCGAUGCCAGUGGCGAGGAUAACUCUGAUCACGAAGGUGUCAAAAAACCCUCCAGUGCUCCAGAGGACUUCUCCACUGCUACAGAAGAUGCUGAUGAAACUUUAUUCAACAGCGUUAUCAAUCUGGAUUCUGCUAAAAAUGCCAGCGCUGAUGAUGUUAUCAAAACCAUUUCUGGUGGUGGUUCACCAGUGAUGGAUGCUGCCAGGCUCAGGAAGCAGACAGGUGAGAGAAAGCCUCAUGGCAGGGGCAAGAAAGACAGGCCUUGGAGUGUUGUCGGACUUCAAGAGUACACCACACACAAAUCCAAAACAGAUAGUUGCUUGCAUCAAGUUGUUGCAGCAUCAGAGAGUGCUAUUGAUCAUUUAAAUUUCAGCACAGACACUGAUUCUCCAUUCCAUACCAAGUACCACACAUCCACAUUCCCACGAGACAAGCACAGCUUCAAACCCUGCUCCUACUCAGAGCAACCCACAUCAUCACAGAGAUCAUCCCAACGUAAAAGCAGCUACUCAUCAUCCUUACAGAAAGAAGAUGUUUUCUUUCCUUCCAGCGAGGUCAGCAGUUCAGGUUUACUGUGUGGCAGUCAGAGCAGCAGUCCUACUAGGACCUUGUCCAACCAGAAUGAUUUGUCUAGUUCUGACCGCUCUCCUUCCAAGAAUUGCAGGUCUCGUAGACUUAGGAAAAGGUCAAGUUUAGAAAAACCUAGUAUCAUGACAUCAUUAAGUAAGACCAGCACAACAGACAGCUAUGACAGUGCAGAAGCUGAAUCAGAAUCAGAAACAUCAGAUGAUUAUCUUACAGCUCCCAUGGAGCAAGCUACAUCUGAUGGAGAUGAUGUUCACAAUAUCUCAGGCUCAUUGUCAGAACACAGUGCUUGGGAUAAUUAUCAGGCCCUGUACCCUACAGCCAGUGAAGAUCCAGGUGAAGAGUUGUUAAACUGGGAAGAGCCACAGGAUGAGUUGGAGUUUGAUGAUGACUUCCAAUUAAGUCGACAGAGAGGUUCUAUAAUUAAAUCUGUCAUGGCACCAAAGAGGUCAAAGAUGAAAUUUACUAAACAAGGCAUGCCUGGAGAUGAUAGUGACUCCGACCUUGAAGACUUCCACCACAUCCUUGAACAGUCUGAACUCUCUCUCAGAUUGGCUGACCAGUCCUUGAGGAAGAGAAGAAGAGACCCUAUGGGCACAGGACUACACCCAGACCCAGCCAAAUAUGAGGAGAUUAUUGUAACUUAUGAUACCAAUAUAGUGUGUCUGAAGAAUGUCCUAGCCCAUCUGAAGUCUGAGGAUAUUUCUCAACAAGAUGUAGCCAGGGUUAAUGGUAUCAUGUCCCAGUGGGAAAAGUUAUACAUGCUGGCAUCUGAAAGACUCCAACAGACAACACAGCUGGGCAUUGUGAGGCACAGGCUCAAUGAGAUCCAAAGUCACAUCAAGCAGUCUGAGACUUGUGCACCUGGGGACAGGUUUAAUUCAAGUGAUGAACUUAGGGCAGCCAUACUUUCUCUUAGGGUAAGAAAUGAGACACUGGUAAGCCAUGCUGAGCUUUUGAAGGAUGUGACACUGAUGCUACAGGAGUUUGCAGCCUGCCACCCUGCUAUCUGUCUGGACAAGUAUCACCAGGAGAUAGCUGCUUUGAAAGAAGAUGUUCACAACACAGCCCACAUGGUCAGUGAGCGAUUAAACAUCCUGUCCAACAACUGUGAAGUAUGGCAGGACUACCUGGACAACCAGAAGGAGCUGGACUCUCUGCUGGCCCAUGACAGAGACAGGCUGCACAGUUUACUGUGUCAGAGAGAGUUUGGAAUGAAACUAACCAAGAAGGAUGUGCUGAUUGAACUAGAGAAACUUCAGAGCAAUCUUUCAUUAUAUGAGUCAAAGUUAUCACUACUGCAGGCCAUGAGAGCAAGACUUAUCAAAAGUUCAGAUAAUGGAGCUCAAAGAACUUUGCUAGCAGCACUAGCUGAUUUGCGAAACCAACUCCUGGUAGUGUCAGAGAGGUGCCAAAAGGUGUAUCGUGAUGUGGAGGAAGAUGAGGAUCUUCCAGUAGAUCACCACACAGAUAUUGGCAAACUGGCUGUAGUUGCAGCCUCACUGCAUGAAGCCUUGAAGAAUCCUCAAGGCAAAAAAUUGCUUGGAGAAAUCUCUGAUGGCUUGUCCAGCAGUGUAGUUAGUUCAAGCCCAUGCAUCAGCAAGACCUGUGCUUCCUGGCUGAGGUCUCUACCUGUGCAAGUAGUGGCACUUAUGUUGGUGGCCGGGCUUGUGUGUGUCUUGGACCCUGAGCUCAUUGAUAGGCUGACCAGUUUUACAAUGACUGUGACACCUGAGCUGCAGUAUGUGAAUGGACCGCCCAGCAUGUGAGCCUGAUGGAAAGCAAGUGUCCCUCUUCUAUACGAGCUGCACUGUCCCAGCUCACCCAGUAACUAGUCACUAGAGAAAUCCUGUUCUUUAACCCGGUUUAUAGACUGUAAUUGUAGCAUAAUACUUGGCUUUCUGUUGCCAACCUAUUUAUUUACUUUUAUUCUGAUUUUGUUCAAGUAGACCUAUUGGUCUCUGAUCCGCAGAUACUGGGGGAACCAGUGUAAUUAGGUCCACAUGAGAAACUCAAAUAUAUUCUUAGUUUUGAAAAUAAUGGAAAUGGACUGUGGAACAAGAGAAGUAUUUAGUCUCUUUACACACUGAAAACUAUUUUGUGCAUUCAACACUCAUGAGAUACGGAGAUACUGUAACAUGUUAGCAACUCUGUCUUGUGUUGAGUAUACAUUUAAAAUAUUGCUAUGCAGUGAUGUUUGGCUUUAGGCUCUAUGUAGCCCAACCCAUGGAUAAAUAUGUGUGCCAUAUACUGCGCUUACACAAAAUAAAUAGAAUAUUGUGUUAUUUCUAUUAAAAAGAGCACUUUUCAAGUGUGUUAUGUAUCCUACAUAACCCUGUGUUCAAAUGAAAACAAAUCGCUUGAGGCAUCAGCCUUGCGUCACAUAGGUUUGAGCUCAGCUCCCUUGUGUUGAUAUAAAUCUGACAAUUUGAUGUCACUACUCUGACAUUUGAAUGUUGUCAUCUUAUAAACAUUGUCACCUUGUAAGUCUCUGAAAUCAUUAUUGUUGUAUUUUUUAAUGUUGUUUCAUUGGAAAUUAAUUUCAACUAUUCCUUUAGUACUUUAUUGUAACUGAAAUGAACAAGAUUACUUGUAUUGUGCUUCAAGUAAAUAGUAACAUUUGAAUUGGAUAUUUAGACCUGAAAUCAUUCAAUGUACAUUUUCAAAAGUGAAUAUCAAAGUUGAAUGUUUUCAUAUUUUUUGUCAAAUAUAUUUAUAAAAACAAAAACUACAAAAAAAAGAAGAAAAUUUAAAAAAAGAGAAUGAAGUGAAUCAAAAUCUAAUAAGUGUAUAAAGUAGUGAUUUUUUUGUUAUUUGUUAGCAUUAUAGUUCAUAAGUUUGCUAAUACCAUGACUGGUACUUUUUUUUUCCGCUUAGUACCAUAAGUAUGUGUAGACCAUAUAUAUCUUUUUGUUCUGUGGUCAUACAGCUAGAGCUGUCUAGUUUACACUUGAGUAUUUGUACUAUGACAAUUCUGGUUGCAAGAAUAUUCUUUGCAUGUUUAUUUCUUGCCUGUGUGUCCAUGUUAGCUUCCAGCUAGUUUAGCUCAUUUCUAUGACUCUGAAUUACACUGCUCUUCUUCUGUGUACUUAAUACCUCACUAGAAAGUGUACUUAGAUAUGUGUUUCCUUUUUCCCUGGCUUAGUAGAGUUGCAGUAUGUAGUGAAGGAAAUUCUAGAGCUUAUAGAUUAUAGCUUCAAAAAUUGUGUAAACCUGGGUUUAGAAAUGUUUCAAUUGUUGAUAGUAAGUUCAGUCCUGUAUCUAUGUUGUUGUUUGUGGUUGAUACUGCUGUUGUUGGCUGGUAAUAACAUUGUUACUUCAGGGCAGAAGUCAUUCAAAUGGACUCCUAUACACUUGUAUGGCUAAGGAUCACAUUUACAUAUGAAGUAUAACUUCAUUUCAUGUUAGCAUUGUCACUGUUGUAUUGUAUACAAGUUCAACAAUCUAGAAAUGUAUACAAGAUAUUUAGAACUUCAAUUAUUUUUUAACAUUUAAGCAAACAGAGGGGGAUUAUGGGUUAUAUAAUCUUACUCUUAGGAAUAAAGUGUUAAUGCACUCAGGAAAAUGUUUUUUUGAUGUAAUAAUAAUAUCUUUAUUUUCUGUGUACAUUUUGUUACAGCAGUGCAUUUUUUUUAAAUUAAGAGGGGGAAAAAAAAGGAAGUCUUCUAUAAAUUAACAUAGAGACUAUUUUUUUCUUCCAAACUUUUGAGUCUUAAUCCAUGCAGUUAAUGCUACCUCAACACAUUGUUACACACAUUUGACAGCAAAGAAAAUUAUUUCAGCCCUGGUUGUUUCAUCAAAGCCAUGCAUUGUUAGCAAUAAAUAUUGAAAGGCUAGAAUGUAGGCAGCAUACAUAACAUUAGAAAGUAAGAGCUCAUCUGGUUGUUUUGUUCACAAGAAAAUAUUUAAACCUUCAAUUUGUGUUCAUCAUCAAGUCAUUUUUUGUUCAGUCAUAAGUCAUUCUAUUCACCAGAUACAUUGAGAGCAUGGGUUGUCUGAUGUAUUUUAUGACCUUGUGACAACUUCAUUUUCUUUUUAAGUCAUAAUAUUCUUGGAGUCACAGAAUUAUAGUUUACUGUAUCGGCAUAAGCUUCUAGGAAUUCUCCCUUUUGAAAGUCAAUGCAAAGUAUUUCUGUUCUUAAAGAGAACACAAUAAAUGAACCUAUUCAGGAGCACAUAACUUUCAUGGCAUGGCUGUCUAUUUUGAAGCAAUUUUAGUGAGCCAGUUUAUCAACUGGUAUUGACUUGGAUAGAAAAAUAACAUGGACUUUCAAUUUGUUGAGAGUCUGUACUGUACAUGGAGGCUAUGCACAUUCUGUAUCCUGUAAUUGGUCUUGUGUUGUGAGCUAGUUAAACUUGAGUGAUUCAGCAUCAUAUAAUGUUAUACUAACUAUUAAACUUGUACUCUGCAAUGUAUUGUCACUACAAGAUGAAAGUUGGAACAUGGUGUACUAACUCAGCAGUUAAUAACGUAAUGAUGUGUGAUAAAUGUAUUUAAGACCAGUUCAAGUAAAUUUUUAGUCUGUAUUCAAUAGUGUCACAUCUUAUGGCACAAGUUGAACCUAUAUUGUUAAGUUUGAGAAGUACUAAAUUGUAUCUUUUAUCAGAACAUCAAUGAAAUGAAAUGGCAUUACUAGUAAAUGAUUUUAGACCUAAUUGAGAAUUAAUUGGGUUAGUACACUCAGUCACCAAUUGAUUGCACUGUAGUAGUAUGAAGAUGUAUAGGUUGUGUAGUUGGUCAUUUUGUGCCUUGUUUACUUUUCCAUGGAUUACUAGCUAGGAUUAAAGUUGGCAGCAACAAUCUCUGGAAGAAAACAAACUAUGAACAACUUAUUUUAAACAAAUAAGAUUUGAAGUUAUUGACCACCACAAAGGGAAUCUUGUAGUAAGAAUGUGAAGUGGUCAUCACAGAGUUAAAAAGAACGUUGACAACUAGGGAACAUGAAAUGAAUUGAUUUCACUUUCAAAUAAAAGUUGAUAUUGUUGCCAACUUUAUCCUGCAGAAUUUAUUUAUUCUUCUAGUUCUUAACCUGGAUGUUCACAAGUUUGUCUCUUGUAUUGGACAGUGUUGUGGAACUUGUAAUCCCACAUUUUGACAUGCCCCAAUAGGGAAUCUAUUUUUUACAAACUUUAAAGUCCAAGGUAAAAAGUUCAGCAUUAUAAGUUAUUGGAUGAAAUAACUUCUCUAUCAUUGUAUUUUAAUAUCAACUCUUUUGUGAAUCGUGUUGAAGUUUUGAAGCUUUACUUUUCAAAUAUUGCAUUCAUGAUUUUCUCCACAAAUUUCUUCAGAUUUUUUUUUUUUUCUGAGGUGUUGGUUUUUAAAAGAAAUUGAAUCUUUUUAAAAUUAAUAAAUAAUUCAAUGAUUGUUUUAAAUUGAAGAAAUAUUUUCAGCAAAUAGUUGUAUGUGCAAUAUAGACUUGAAACACCCCCUUCCUUCAUGUGUAUAUAGACACUCUUUUAUUCUUUCAACAUUGAUGUCUUGUGUUUGGUCUCUUCCUAUCUCUCUCUCUCAGCAGAUCAGGAAAUAACAGAAUGACAAAACCUGUUCUUUAAUGUUAGUUGCAGGUUUAGUAUCUACAGAUUGACUAAUUAAUUUAUUUAUCUUAGGCAUCCAAUAGUUAUCAAAAAAAAAAAAAUUUAACUCGAUAAAAUUUCAGUCAAUUUGUAAACAUUCGAGUUUUGACAUCAACUCCUAUAUUACAUUUACC